AGGGGAUUGUGUCUCUGCAGUGGAGAAUAUGUUAAACAUCCUGGGAAGAUACUGCGAGACACUGGGGCAGGCCAAUCCUUCAUUUUGGAGGGUGUUUUGCCUUUGUCUGACAUUUCAGCAGCUGGUUACAGUGUGUUAGUUCAAGGUGUGGAGAUGGGUUGCAUGGAAGUUCCUUUAUAUAAUGUCUAACUUAACUUAUAAGAGUCUAAGCCACAGUAUACAGAAGAUAGCCCUAUUUGGUAAAAGACCAACUCCAUAUUAUGGAAAGAACGACUCAAAUAAGCAAAGAGAAACGACAGUCCAUCAUAACUUUAAGACAUGAAGGUCAGUCAAUACGGAACAUUUCAAGAACUUUGAACGUUUCUUCAAGUGCAGUUGCAAAAACCAUCAAGCGCUAUGAUGAAACUGGCUCUCAUGAGGACCACCAUAGGAAUGGAAGACCCAGAGUUACUUUAACUGCAGAGGAUAAGUUCAUUAGAGUUACCAGCCUCAGAAAUUGCAGCCCAAAUAAAUGCUUCACAGAGUUCAAGUCACAGACAAAUCUCAACAUCAACUGUUCAGAGGGAUAAGGGAUAUGGCCUCUUUUUUGGACAAAAUAUCAUGGGAACAUAUUGCCAAUGGGCAAAAUGUCAGUGCUGAAUGUGGAUGUGGUGCAGGAAUCAGGCGCAGGACACAGAGGCUUCGUCCAACAGACUUUAGUAACGAUACGAAAACAAACGGGCCUCAAAAAGAGCCCGGAGGCAAGUGAAAUUACGCACACACUGCGUAAAACACAAAGUACCAAAAAUAGCGCGCACACAAGUACAGAAACUCUCUCCAAAACAAUGGAGGAAACUAACUCAGCAUCUGCUGACCGGAGAACAAUUACACACAACACAUGACUAAAACAACGAGAACUUAUAGGACACAUAAUAAACACUAAACUGAAACAGGUGUACCAAUAAGACAAAACCAAACAAACAUCGAAAACAUACAACGGUGGCAGCUAGUACUCCGGGGACGACGACCGCCGAAGCCUGCCCGAACAAGGAGGAGGAGCAGCCUCGGCCGAAACCGUGACCCAAAACAUACACACAAUUAAAAAUACCACUCAAAUGCCGGCAUUUGCCAUAGAACAUAUUGCAAAUGUCAUAUGGCAAAUGCCAACGUAGUAACUCAAAAAUCCUGUAGGGGGUGAGCUCACUUAAUCUUACGUAAGCAUGUUGCAAAUGUACUCGAAAGUCAAAUUUGAGGGUGGAAAUGAGUGUUCGUAAAAACUUCUCAAUUAUACAUUAUUAAAGAACCGUAUGGAUAUAGAUUUGUUUUAUUAUAUGUUGGUUUGUCCAUUAGGCCUAUGGAAUGUCCAUAUCAGGCAUGUUACACUGCCAAAUGGACAAGUUGUCCAUUUGUCACACAUUAUAUUGCAAAUGGACAAAGUGUACUUUUGUCACAUCGGAUCACAGGAAGUCGGGUUCUGGACCCAAAAGUCAGAACCAUGUCCAAAUGGCAUAUGAAACAUACAAAUUAUAUAUAUAUAUAAUGUCCAAAUGUCAUAUGAAAUGUCCAAAUGUCAUAUGAAAUGUCCAAAUGGCAUAUUAAAUGUCCAAAUGGCAUAUUAAAUGUCCAAAUGACAUAUGUAAGUCUUGAAAGUACCAAAUCAGUAUGUCAUGUCCAUUUGCCAGAUAUGAUCAUAGGAAGUCAGUUCCAAAGCCAAAGUAAGUGAACCAUGUCCAAAUGGCCUGUAUAAUGACAACAUGGUAUAUAUAUAUAUCAGUAUGUUAGGUUCCACUCCCUCAAUAGUUGGUGUUGAGUGCAGCCUGUCCAUUUGGUGAUGGUAAAUCACUGCUUAAACAGUGUCCAUUUGCAAUAUGAUACAUUGCCAGUGCUAAUAUGUUAUACUGGACAUGUUGGCACUGGCAAUACAUCACAUGACAAAUGGACACUGUCCAAUUGCAGUAUAACAUGUUAAGACUGGCAUGUACAAAAAGUCCAUUAGAAAUGUACAGUAUGAUUCAAACAGACAUAGUGGUUCCUCUCCCCUCAAUAGUUGGUUUUGAGUUCAGCCUGUCCAUUUGGUGAUGGUAAAUCACUGCUUAAACAGUGUCCAUUUGCAAUAUGAUACAUUGCCAGUGCUAAUAUGUUAUACUGGACAUGAUGGCACUGGCAAUACAUCACAUGACAAAUGGACACUGUCCAAUUGCAGUAUAACAUGUUAAGACUGGCAUGUACAAAAAGUCCAUUAGCAAUGUACAGUAUGAGUCAAACAGACAUAGUGGAUCCUCUCCAUCAAUAGUUGGUUUUGAGUUCAGCCUGUCCAUUUGGUGAUGGUAAAUCACUGCUUAAACAGUGUCCAUUUGCAAUAUGAUACAUUGCCAGUGCUAAUAUGUUAUACUGGACAUGUUGGCACUGGCAAUACAUCACAUGACAAAUGGACACUGUCCAAUAGCAGUAUAACAUGUUAAGACUGGCAAUGAAUUAUGGGUAAUAGCAAUAUCUUACAAUGGAUCAUGAAUUGGACAUGCUGUAAUUUGCUAUUACAAAGCUGAAUUGCCCAAAUGUAAAGCUCACUGAACUCGUGAUGGCCUAGAAGUGAUAGUGGGUCCUCUCCCUUACUCAUUGGUGUUGAUUUCAGCAUGUCCAUUUGGCUGAUAAUAAAUUCCCAUUGAAAUGUAUUGCAAAUGUACUUGUCCGUUUGCAAUUUGAAAUACAGCCAUUGCCAGUAUAACAUAUUGGCAUUGGCAAUGUUUCAUAUGGCAAAUGGACCUAGUACGUUUGCCAUAUGAAACAUUGCCAAUGCCAGUAUAACAUAUUGGCAUUGGCAAUGUUUCAUAUGGCAAACGUACAAGUACAUUUGCAAUAUGUUUGAAUGGGCCUUUAUUAUGAGCCAAAUGGACAUGCUGUAAUAUGCUCUUACAAUGCUGAAAUGCACAAAUGUAAAGCUUACUCAACUGGGGCUGGCCAAGAAAUGAUAGUGGAUCCUCUCCAUUACUCAUUGGUGUUGAUUUCAGCAUGUCCAUUUGGUAAUGGUCAGUCACUGCUUAAACAUAUGACUAAUGGACAGUCUCCAUCAUAAUAUGACUGGUAAUGAAUUAUGUGUAAUGGACACUGUCCAAUAGCAAUAUCUACAAUGGGCAUUUAUAACCACCAAUUGGACAUGCUGUAACAUUGUCUUACAAAGCUUAAAAGCCACAUUUUCAAGAUUAUUGAACUCGAGCUGGCCAACGAAUGAUAGUGGAUCCUCUCCCCUUACUCAUUGGUGUUGAUUUCAGCAUGUCCAUUUGGCUCAUAAUGAAUGCAGUGAAUGUAAGUUGCUAAGGACAAAAGCGCCCGCUAAAUGACCAAAAUGUUUUUUAAAAAAGGGUAAUAUGUCGCUGCAUGAGUAAUUCCAGUAAUAUACUGUAAAUUAGACUACAGUAAAAUUGAUUACCGUAAAAUGGAUUACAGUAGCUGUACUUUAAAUAAAUUACAGUAACUUACUGGCCAAUUGCAGCCAGUAAGUUACUGUACAUUUUACAGGCAAAGUUUUACAGUGUAUAUACAGGUGGACAACACCUACAAAUAGAACAUAACUUUAAUACCCUAAGGAAACGUUCCACAUAACAGCUCCCAAAAGCUUUGGAGCAUGGUCAGUGCCUGAAAGAAAUACUCAUUCAUGUCUUAGAAAUCUUGUGACAUCCCUAAAACAGCCCUAAAUCUAGGAUUAUCUUCUAAUCCUGCAUCAGGGAACACAAACAUCCUUUGUGCAGAAGAAUGCUACAACAGUCAACAUUAUGGAACAAUGACUCAUGUGGCCUUGGACCAUUCCAUCUCUCUCGUUCAAGUCAAGCCGGUUUGAUUUUUCUAAACCCUCUUCAAAGACACUGUUUAUUGAAGAGUUAGUGUCCACUAGUCAUCGAAUAGUCCCCAAAGUAUUUCUACUGUAACUGUAGAGAGUACGACACAUUAUGUCUGAUUUUUAGAUCAAAAGUGUCCGUCACGGAUUAUAAUUUCAUAGUAAGACCUUGGCUCCACACCAGUUUAACGAAAAAAAAUGAUAUGACUACAUUGGCUAGAUGAGUAUUUGUCAUUACUGCCGUGCGAAAGGACACAUUGUCUCUCAGUGUCCUUAGUUGAAACAGAAAAAUUAGAUGGAGAAAAAGCAUCUGGUUGGGACUGGUUUAUCUCCUAAAUAAGAUUUUGGAUCAGAUGUGUAUGAACCCUUUGUUUCAGAUGGGAUUGUGUCUCUGCAGUGGAGAAUAUGUUAAACAGCCUGGGAAGAUACUGAGAGACACUGGGGCAGGCCAAUCCUUCAUUUUGGAGGGUGUUUUGCCUUUGUCUGACAUUUCAGCAGCUGGUUACAGUGUGUUAGUUCAAGGUGUGGAGAUGGGUUGCAUGGAAGUUCCUUUAUAUAAUGUCUAACUCGAGUCUGGUCUUGUUACUCAGUCUGUCAUGGAGUGGAGCCAAGCCUACUGGUGAAGGGGGUC